GCCACUCAAAACGAAUAACACCAAAUUCUAAUAAAAUCUCGAAUUUUUGAGUCCUGGGAUGGAUCAGUUUAUGGUGGCCUGAAGAGGCACCAAGCACAAAAAAGAGAGAGAAGUUUAGUUUUCUUAACUGGGUUUCUCUUUUCUCUUUAGCUUCGUGGUGGAUAACGUUUGCCUGAUGGCCUCUCAUGGCUACCCUCAUGGGCUUGUUUUGCAACAAGAACAGAACAUGGGCAUCAUUAAGGAUUCCCAACCCUUCCUGCCGAGUUAUGAAGCAAAACAGGAAAUACAAAGUCGGAAUCUUUAAAAAUGUUGCCUCAGCAAUGUGAGGAGCCAUGGAGAGAAAUAAGUGGAUUGUCAGAGUCUAACUGGUUUGCCAAGACCCUGCCUCGGAUAUUGAAAAGCCUGCACUCACUGAUCUGCAAGAUGUUCAUCGAGAUUCAAUGCUUUUCGAUCAGCUCUGGGAUUGCUGAGCACUUCCUACGACAUGAAAAAUGGCGCAGUUGCUCAUGUCCGGAGAAAGUGAAGCAGAGAGAGGUGGACUAGAUAUAACUUCACUAUAUGACUUGAUGGGGUACAGGGACUGAGAUGAAGCAUCUCCUUUCAGUUGUUGCGGAGUUUCACUCAUUGAAAAGCUCAGCUAGUUUGGGAAAGCAUUGUGUUCUGGUUCCGUAUUUUGAUAGGUCCCAGUUCAGGAAAAGAGUCAAUAUUUGAUGGUUCUCCAGUGAAGAUGCAUGGGACUACAGUUGCUCCUUUAAAGAGUCCUGAAAAAUUCAAGACAAGGGGGAUGCCAAAGCAGAAGAAUGGAAAAAAGGUAGGGCAGAGACAGACACCUAUACACGAGGAACUAUUUCCACAACUGCGAGAGCCUUCUAUCUAAAAUGAUCGACAGAAAGAAGAAUGGGAAAUCAGCAAUUCAUUCACUUCAAAAAUCUGGCCCUGAGCUUCCUUAGCUCCGACCCAGUUUUCUGCCAGUAUUGCUGGAACAGGAUUUACUGUCUUUUUCUCUGUCGUUUGUAAAGUAGCUUGUGCGAGAGUACCCUUCUGCUCGUCCAAACUCUUGAACACCGGAGUUGGAUUUGGGUUAGUUUGUCUGUCUUGGGCGACACAAUUGUUUCUAGCAGGAAUCCAAGGAAGUCGUAUUUAAAAAAAGAGGAAAUAUUGACGAGGGUCUAGACAAGCGUGAAUGAGAUUUACUUCAGAGCUGCAGCUUUGAUGACGGUGGCGGUGUUGAGGUUUGCUUGAACAUGAAGCGAAGACAAAGUUUUGGGAGAUACAGAUGGUGAGAACAUUUGCCUAGAUGGUUAGUAUUUAAAUAUAAUUGCAUAUGGCGGUAGCUAAUAAUUUGGCUAAUGACCAGAUCGAGUCACCAGACAGGUGAAGCCCUUUGAUCAAAAGUGUUCUUCAAUUAGAUACAAUUGAAGAACCCAUCUUUCGACGAAUGAAUAUGUUCAAAACAACUCUACAGUUGGCAUGAACCAGAACUCUGGCUGAUGACCAGUCGAUCAGCUGGGCCAAAGUAGGCGACGGAUCAAAAGAAAAAGGAAGCGAAGGGAGCAUCUUCAUCUGGCCUUGAUUUGCUUGAAAGAAUUGAUAAUGAUUUAUUCUAAUUCAGACUUGACUUGGUUUAAUUGCUUGAAGACAUGGUGUCAAUCUCCACUUCUCAUGAUGCUGAUUUGUAAACUGAAUGUGAAAGGCCUCUAGAAUUGAGGAUCCACAUAUGAGAAGCAAGGAGGUAACUUACAAGGAGCUGACAGUUCCUCUGAAUAUCUUCGUGGAAAUUAUGCAAAAGUUGCAAUCCCUCCGCCUCGUUGCAAGCCAGCUUCCACUCACUUAAUUGCUUGAAGAUUCGCAUAAGUACCGCACACUGUGUGCUCCCCUACACGAAGCUGCAACAGGAGGUGACUGGCCAGCGGCUAACAAAAUCAUGCAUGAAGAUGGCUCCAUUAUACGUGCCUCUAUUAAAAAAGAAAGCCGAGAGACUGUUCUUCAUAUUGUGGCCUCUAAAGGACAUUGCGACUUUAUGAAGAAGUUGCUGGAGUUGUUGAGAGAGGAUGACUUAUACUUGCUGGACAAGAAGGGGAAUACAGCUUUUUGUUUGGCUGUAGCAGCGGGAAAGGUACGAGUGGCAAAGAUCAUGCUGGAAAAAGAUCCCCUCAUGGCAACACUUAAGUGUGCUGAAGGAUGGUCACCUCUUCGUUUAGCCACUUUUCGUGGUCAUAGCAAGAUGGCAUGGUUUCUGUACCCUAAAAUUAUCGAAGACCUUGAACAAGAGGAACGAGUUGCAACAUUUUUCAUUUGCAUCAACAGAACUGACACUUCUUUGUACGAACUAGCAUUGAAAAUGCUUCUUGAAUACCGGGAGCUUGCAGAGGCUCGUGACACCAGUGGUGAAACAGCAUUCCAUUUGUUGGCUGGGAAACCUAAAGCAUUUAGAUCAGCAAUGUUGAAAUGCUUCCUUCACAUUUGUUUAGGAAAGCAGCUCGAAUCUCCUGGCCUUCAAGUACUAAAACAACUUUGGAAAAUAGUUUCAGAGAAAGAUGAGAAGACGGUUAAAGGAAUAUUCUUAACAAUUCCUUCAAAAGGAAAGCCUUCAAAUGCAUUGUUCAUUGCAGCUAAAUGUGGAAAUGCUCAGUUCCUGGCUGAGCUUAUAGCCUCCGAUCCUGCUUUGAUAAUUGAAACAGAUGAGCGCGAUCGGAAUGUAUUCCACAUUGGAGCUAUGUAUCAUCAGUGGAGUAUCUUCAGUCUGGUAGAUAAGUUGGGUGCAGAUGAGCAUUCCAUACUCUCUGCACAAGACGAUAGGGACAACACCAUACUGCAUUUAGCAGCAAAGGUAGCUGGACCCCUUCAAUGGGAUGAGAUGGUUGGACCUGCAAUUCGAAUGAAACGAGAUUUGAAAUGGUUUAAGGAUGUGACAAAGGUUGUGCCACCUGAUUGCCUAGAUAAAACGAACUUGGAAGAUAAAAGGCCUGGAGAUAUAUUCAUCGAGCAACAUAGAGCUUUAAAUGAUCUCUUGGUGAAUCAAAAGGAGAUGUCAUGGACGACCUUGCUUGCAAUAUUCGCUAGUUCCUUUGGGAUUGUCGCAGCCCUAGUUGGUGCUGCAAAUUUUGUGUUGCAACAGAUUCGAAGCAACUAAUCCAUCUUUGAGAUGCAUUAAUUCAGCUUUUGAGGGGCGCUGAAUCAAAUGUCAUAAUAUCUUACUACUUUUAGUGCUCCGUUUUAAGAGCAAUAUUUAAGGAAUGUAUUGAAUUGAGAAUUAAGAUUUCGUGCAACUUUUAUUAAAUUAAAAGAAAAAUUAUGGA